UGGGCAUUUGUACCAAUUCGAAGGUGCAUAUAUCUAGACGACAGAUUUCAUAUCCACGUGACGUUUGUUGGUUGCGCGGUGUAGUGCACAGUUUCGAACCUCUGUCCGAUUUACUGAUUUCAUUUUCAUCCCUUCCCAAGGCCGUUGUUUGAAAUCAACAUGUGGAAGAAAAGCGUUUCAUUGGUAACUGGUGGUGCAUCUGGUCUCGGCCGAGCAACGGUCGAGCGACUAUCAAAACUAGGAUCACAAGUUGUUUUAUGUGAUCUCCCAACAUCACAAGGCGAAAAGGUUGCCAAGGAGCUUGGCGACUCAGUUGUCUUCAGCCCAACAGACGUAACGUCGGAACAAGAUGUAAAAGCAGCCGUUGAUCUUGCCAAGAGUAAAUUUGGUAGACUCGACUUAACAGUCAACUGUGCAGGCACAGCAGUAGCAUUCAAAACCUACAACUUCAACAAAAACGCUGCCCAUAAGCUAGAAGAUUUCACAAGGGUUUUGAUGAUAAACACUGUCGGCACAUUUAAUGUAGCUCGUUUAUCCGCUGGUCUGAUGGGAGUCAAUGAGCCAAAUGCCGAUGGGCAGCGAGGAGUUAUCAUUAAUACUGCAUCGGUUGCAGCUUAUGAGGGACAAAUUGGACAAGUCGCCUACGCCGCAUCGAAAGGAGGAGUCGUUAGCAUGACAUUACCCAUGGCAAGAGAUUUAAGUACGCAAGGAAUCCGCGUUGUGACCAUUGCUCCUGGAUUGUUCAAGACUCCGAUGUUGAUGCAGCUUCCAGAGAAGGUUUUAACGUUUUUGGCGAAAACAGUUCCAUUCCCGCAACGCUUGGGAAAUCCCGAGGAUUAUGCACAAUUGGUACAAUCGAUCUAUGAAAAUCCGUUGUUGAAUGGGGAGGUCAUUCGUAUUGAUGGUGCACUUCGAAUGAUGCCCUAAUUAGAGAACUUGAAAAAGUCGUCGUAUUUGAAUAGUUGACAGUGAGUCACUAAAGUGGUUUUAUGCAUUUAUUUUUCUAUUGUUAUUCUUGAAACCAGAUUUUUUAUAUGAUCAAUAAAAAAUAAAAUAGUUUUCAUGCAAAAUA